AUGGCCACUACUGCCGCCACUUCAACGUGCGUAAGCGCCAUGAUUCUCCCAAGUAGGUCAUCUGGUGCCAUGAAACUCGAUGGCGAGGUUACCAAUUACGGCGAUUGGCGUGACGACUUGAACAGAGAUGGAUACGCAGUCAUCAAGGGUGCAAUCCCGAAAACACGAGCUGGGGAAUACUCGGAUAAAUUUUACAGCUAUAUUGAGGACUUUGGUCUUGGGUAUUCCCGCCAUGACCCCUCAACGGUCAGGAAGGAGAAGCUCCCAGUCCUUAAUGAAAAGGGCAUGAUUCUGCAUUACGGUGUCACCCACGAGAAAUGGGUGUGGGAUAUCCGCAGUGAACCGGGAGUCGUUGAGGCUUUUGAGAGGGUCUACGAUGACACCGAUUUAAUUUUCCUUCGAUGUUGUUAA